CAAAACAAAAUAAUCAUUCCUCCUCGUUUGACUGAUCCCCAAAUCCAAACAUUAAUCCAUUCAAUUAAUCCUCCUCCAAUGGAUUUUUGGCAAAGAGCUCGAAGCUUCGCUGGGGAAGCCUCCAAGCGAUCCCAGGAGGUGACGGUGGAAGCCGCGAAGCGCUCACAAGAAUUCACGAUCAGCUCCUCGUCCAAGCUCGCUGAAAUCGUCUUGUUGGCGUCGAAGCGCUCAAAGGAGAUCGCAACGGAGGCGUCCAAACGUGCCAAGGAGGAGGUGCUCAAGCGAGCCGAUCAAAUUACUCAGAUUCCUGCCGCGGCCCUCUCAUCCAUCGUAGAGGGCUCAUUGUCGCCGAGGGUCGAGGAAGUCAACGCCACUGCGGAUCUCGAGAAGUUUGGGGUUACAGAUGAGUUGAGGGAGCUUGCGAAGCGCAUGAGCGUCAAUACCUUCCGAGAUUUUCCGUUGGAAGGUGAGUUUUGUUUGGAUUUUCAUCCUUUUGUUUGGUUUCUGGGGAAUUUUGUUGGUGGUGAGUGGGAUGAUGGAAUAGCAAUGCCAUCUGUUUACGGGGGGAGGGUUAACGGUUAUUGGAAAAAUGUGGGGAAAUACAACAGAGCUGCUAAUCGUGAUAGAAGACAGCCGUCUAGGGCCGUGGAGAGCAACCCCAUUCCAGAGCCGAGUCAGCAGAAUCCUCCCCGAAGCCCGCCGGGGAGAGCUCGGAGUCUGGAGGGCCCUCCACCUCCCCCCGAUCGGAUAGCACUCCUGGAGGGUCAAGUGCAGUGA